GCUACCAAACUUGGACCCUGGUUAUUCCUACUAAUGAUUGACGACUUGUCAGUUUCUGAAAUUUUCAACAUGUGGAAAUGUGUCGAUGACACUACAGUAUCGGAAACCAUAUCAAAGGGGCAACACAGCCAUGUACAACAGGCAGUGGACCAAGUUAAUGAAUGGUCAAAGGAAAACUUGAUGCAACUAAACAGUGAAAAGACAAAGGAACUGAUCAUAAGUUUUAGCUGA